GGUGAUAUUGUUGGUUCUUAGCAAAAUUUCCAGCCAAGUGUUUGAAUAAGAGUGUCUUUGAUUCGUUUAUCAGUAAUAUACAAAUAAUGGGAAACGCCGUCUUGUAGCGUGGUCUCCCAAUUAGAAAAUAUUCAGUUAAUCCGAUAUAUGCACGUGUACGAGACUGAAAAAAAUUUCUCUGUACAAGCCACGCCUCUUCAUCGAGAUAUACAUAAAAAAGUAAAGCUAGAGGCUGUUUUAUAAAUAUUGAUGAGCAAGCUUUUAGACCAUUGGCUGAGAGCUUGCAUAUAAAUGAGGCUCUUGCAGUAGUGAGCGGAUUUUUUAUCUUGGAGAAAAUUGUUCGCCAAACUGCCGUCAACGACGGCCAAACGUGAGUAUAAAGUUUUUAAUCGUGGCGUCUCCUGAUUUACGGGCGUCUAAUGACUACGUCGAUCCCAUUGUCCACCUGCGUCCCGGGAAGCGCGGGAGAGAGCUCACUUCCGGCGGCCUAUUUAAUGAACGACGAAGUGACAUCGUGCAGAGAGACGCCGCGGCGAAUAUGUAACGGUCGGAUGAGUUGUGCUUUUAAGCGAUUCUUCUCUUUUCUUUGCAGAGGACAAUAUGCAGCAUUACGCAGCCGACUGCAAUAUGUACUUUCCAUAUUCCAGAUUUGCAGAGAACGGAAUCCAGAGAUUUGCAGAAGAUGCUCACCUACGACCCUACUCAUAUUACCAGCCUCCCCCCACUUAUUUCCACCCUCCACCCUCUCUCCAUUUACCACCCAUCAAGCAGGAACCGUGCGACGCUUACUGUAAUAGUAAUGUUACACAACCUUGGCAGCAGCAACAAUCGAAAGCUUUCGAAUCGGACGGUAGAACAGAUGACGAAAGCGAGAGAUCAGGAGAAUCCCCAGCUAGAUCUACACUUCAAACACCAGCCGUUCACCGCCGUGGUAGUUUACAACUUUGGCAGUUUCUCGUUGCGUUACUGGACGACGCGAACAACCACAACUGUAUCGCCUGGACUGGUAGGGGAUUAGAAUUUAAGCUUCUCGAACCGGAAGAAGUAGCCCGGCGUUGGGGAAUGCAAAAGAAUAGACCAGCCAUGAACUACGACAAACUCAGUAGAUCUUUGCGCUAUUACUAUGAAAAAGGAAUAAUGCAAAAGGUAGCAGGAGAACGCUACGUCUAUAAGUUCGUCUGCGAUCCCGAAGCUCUCUUCUCCCUAGCUUUCCCCGAUAAUCACCGGCCUAACUUAAAGGCCUCAGCCCCAACGUCUGGCCAAUUUGCUCAGACGCCUGGUGGAUAUGAACAGCCUUCUAGUGCGCCCUCUUUUGAUCACUGUGUGUACUAAUUGUAUUGGUGUGUGAGAUUAAAAUGAAAAAAAAAUGAAUUAUUUGUAAAUAAAACUUCCUAAGUAUUCUUCUAUUUUAAAAUAUACUUUAAAG